CUUCCACUUCUGUUCAGGUUGACCUAUGGAGUAUUUGAGUUAACAUAUGAGCCUCGUUUUCUUUUGCAAUGCUAGCUCUUUCGAUAACCGCCUUACUUCUUUACUUAUUGCUGUUGGCCCACAGGGCACCAGCGCUUUAAAGCAGGUGGCGUCAAUGUGCACAACAACGAACGUGGGAAGAGCCUUAUGUAACGAACAUGCGUAUUCGACAUUUACCUAGCAGUUUACAAUGAUAAACUUUGGUAUACGAAUGCGUCCACCGCCUGUAGGUAAGUGGUGUACGAAUCAUAUCUGACCAUGAGGAAACAACGAACAAUCCACCACUCUUGGGUCCAAAUGUCCCCUUUUCUAUCUCUGUUUCGAUGCACGGAAUUCGGAACUGAUGGUGGAGUACCGCCAACCAAGUCAGUGGACGUCGUUCUUGCUCCGCUGUUAGUAUCUCAUCAUCUUAUUCACGCAACAGACCUAGUGUAGUAUCCUGCUACAAUUACGGAGUCAAUGAAGCGACAUUACGCUUCAGCUGCUGCAAGAACGCGCGCCACGUAUCAGUAUACCGGUGCCGGGACUCCAUUCGCCCCACUGGGCGACCUAACGUAAACUAGUGUCUGGAAUAGAACGUCUUUGUUUCCUCACGGGUUACCGCUUGACUCCAUCCAUC